UUCAGUUGCUUUGCGAACGCGUCUGCUGCAUGACGUUUGACUUGUAAACACAACAAGCUUGCAAUCAACAACGUUCGCGUCGCGCAGCGAGCGAGAAAUAAAGCGAAAUUAGCAUUAUAAUUGCGACCCAGUUUAAUUCGAUUCUUAUAGGGCAGUUUUCUACCAAUAACUAAUCACAAAUAGUGAAUAAUCCGAUUAAGGAUUUUACCAUUACACCAUUGUCCGUGCAGUGCAUUAGCCUCCGCUUCAUCUGCAUCAAAGUGAAAGUAGUAAAAUUUCAUCGAAAAAGACAUCGGGCCGAGGAUGCUUCCUGUCCGGGAAGGUGUGUCCGGUUUGAAGGGAAUUUGUUCGAAAAUAUAAGAAAGUGUGUUGGUUUGUGUAUUACGUGCGUGUGUACCAUUCGCUAACAAAAAAGGCAACGGCGACCGUAGGCCCUAUGGUGAUGUGUUGUGAUAUUUUGAGGCCUCCCGGAUUCGCGGAUGGUGAUGCCUAGUGCGGUGGUAGAGGAGAGUGGAUUCCGCGAUAUAAAUUCCCGUCCCGUGUGUGCUUGCAGUAACGUGUGCGAAUCAAAGUAAUCCGGUGUAACCAAGCGUGGAGGUUAAGUGUAAUCUCUGGAAGCUAUUCGUUUAGGCGUUAUCGUUUAGGAAACCCCGUUGUACUUGCUUUCGUGGCCGUAGAAGGCCACCAACGGCACCAAAAUUACACUCAACGCGACGCAACUGUUCGCCGUCCUGAACGCUAUGGAGCAGGACGAGGAGCAAGAAGUGCCCGACAUACGGGAACAAAUGUUUCACAACACGGUUCGAGAGCAUAUCAUCUUUAUGUUGCUGUUCCUGUUGCUUUAUCUUGGAAGCUAUGCGCUGAUCAAUCGCUUCCGUAGGCGUGAUCGGGACGAUUUGUUUGCUACUGACGAUGACGAAAUCACAGUGUACCGAAUUAGCUUAUGGUUAUGCACCUUCUCCCUGGCCGUGGCAGUUGGUGCCGCCCUGCUGCUCCCCAUCUCGAUCGCAAGCAACGAGGUGCUCAUCCUGUACCCCAACAGCUACUACGUGAAAUGGUUGAACAGCUCGCUAAUACAAGGGCUCUGGAACUACGUAUUUCUGUUCUCGAAUCUGGCACUGUUUGUGCUGCUGCCCUUUACCUAUCUGUUUACGGAGUCAUCCGGCUUUAGCGGUCACAAGAAGGGCAUUAUGGCGCGGGUGUACGAAACGUUUACCGUGUUUUCUUUGCUUGCUUUCAUCGUUUUUGCCACAACGUACAUCAUUUCCGCCCUGCGCGAUCCGGACAGGAACACAUUUCAGGCACUGUUCAAUUUAGCCAGAUGCCAUUUGCCAUUUUUGUACUCGUGUGUGUCGUUUUUAGGUGUACUGUUACUAUUAGUUUGCACCCCAAUGGGUUUCGUAAGACUGUUCGGUGUGGUGGGCCAAGUGCUGGUCAAACCAAACCUUUUGCGCGACGUGAAUGAAGAAUUCCAUGCCUUCAACAUUGAGGAGGCCACCGUUAAGCGUAAGUUGGCAAAUGCCAACCUUAACAUAGAGCUAAGGAGCGUAACAACGAUAGAUCUAACGCCUGCCAAACUUUGCUCCGGGCUAGACGAUUUGUAUCAAAUCAAACCAGCCACUAAUGGCAGUACGCAUGAAUCGGUCAAGCUGUUUGAAAGACUGAGAGAGCUAGAGUCUGAACGUAAAGUGCUAGACAAGCAACGCAGCUCUUCGGCACUUCAGAGGAAUCUGGUCUAUCCGAUAGCGAUGCUGCUAUUGUUGAUUCUCACCGGCAUUACAGUCCUGUUGGUCGUACAGAACACACUGGAAUUACUGAUCGGUAUCAAGGCAGUACCACUAAGCACGAGGCAAUUCACGCUUGGCAUUACAUCUCUAUCCAAGCUUGGCCCGUUGGGAGCCACACUGGAGGUGUGUAUUAUCACCUAUCUGGGUGUUACGUCCACCGUUGGGCUCUACACAAUGCCUUUCAUGCGCAAUGUGCGGCCACAACGGCGCAACACAUCGCUACCACAGCUGAUAGCAAACUGUGGCCUCGUGCUUAUCCUUAGCUCAGCGCUACCACUUCUCGCGCGUAUUCUAGGUAUUACCAACUUCGAUCUGCUCGGCGAUUUUGGCCAGAUCGAGUGGCUGGGCAACUUUCUGAUCGUGCUGCUGUACAAUGUGAUCUUCGGGACGGCGGCUACGCUGUGUCUGUUUAAUAAGUUCACCGCUACCGUGAGGAGAGAGCUGUGCGCUCGGUUGAAAGCAUUGUUUGACUACAGCAGUCAUAUCGAGCUGAGCAUUUAUCAGAACGCCAGUCAGCUGAACCAUCUGCAUCCGGCGGCGUAUACGGUAUCACAGCAUCCUCAUACCAGCCAUCCCGUACAACCUGUUGUAACCGUUACAAACGAACCCACCGGACAAGAUCAGCAACAUUUGAUUGUGGUAGACCAUGGUACCACCACUACAGUGCAUCAUCGUCAUCCACAAGCAUCCACGAUCGAUAGGAACCUCGAUAGCAUUGCCAAAGAAGAACCGCCUCCUAUGCAUCUUCCCAACGGGGUAGAUCAUGCCGAUCAGAAAAAGACAAGUUAAGAAGGGGUACGAAUAGUACUGUGGGUACAAAGCUAAACAACCCAACAACAAAUAUUGUCCAUUUUUUAGGUAUGAUCAUUAGUAGCCCUGAUUAAACUGAUCUGCUUCUCGAUAUUUGAACCCUACUCACACCCAGUGACCAUCAGUAAGAUACACUUAAGCGCUAGUUUUAAUUUUAAACCUUUUAAUUCAUUUACGCCAUCCAACAUACUUAUUAUAAUUUGCGAUGCACAAACAAAACGUUUAAAGCUGCCAUUUCAGUGAUAUUAUGGAAAAAGAAUAUUAUUUUUCAUGGUUGUUUUAUUUUUAUCCUUUCUUUCUUUCGUUCGUCGUCUCUAGUUUUACGAGUGACAAAAGCUACUCAUACACAUGUAGUUUUAAUAAUAUAUAUAAGAACUAAGAUCUUAUCCUAUGCUUUCAAGUGUGCCGAAAAUUAAACGUACAGUUCUAUUCAACAAGCAA